AUGGGGACUAUGCAGGGCCCUGUUGCUCCCGAAUUAAAACAAGCAAAUAGGGAAGGUAAAAUCAUCCCACUUACAAUAUGGAAUGAUUGGGCCAUUGUUAAAGCAACUUUAGAACCGUUUCAAAUAGAAGAAGAUAGCGUUUCAGUCUUUGAUGCCCCUGAAAGCUGUGUAAUAGAUUGUGAAGAAGAGGUGGGGAAAAAUCCAGGAAAGGAAUGGAAAUUUCACAUUGAUUUUGAAAAAUUUGCUUUUACUAUGCCAGCCAUAAGUAAUAAAGAACAAGCCACCAGAUUUCAGUGGAAAGUUUUACCUCAGGGAAUGCUUAAUUGUCCAACUAUUUGUCAGACUUUUGUAGCUCAAGUUCUUCAACCAACAGAGGUUUCAAACGCAGGCCUAACAAUAGCAUCUGAUAAGAUUCAGAUCUCUACUCCUUUUCGUUAUUUGGGAAUGCAGGCAAGACUACAAAUAGUAAAAUUGUGUGGAAGUGACCCAGAUAAAAUCAUUGUUCCUUUAAACAAUGAACAGCCUAUUAACAUUGUUUCAGAUUCUGCAUAUGUAGUACAGGCUACAAAGGAUGUUGAGACAGCCCUAAUCAAAUACAGUAUGGAUGAUCAGUUGAAUCAACUGUUUAAUUUGUUACAACAAACUUUCUACAAUGAACCCAUCAGAGAUGCAAGGAAAAAUGCCUCCGUGGAGACGGAAAACCCCACUCGAGCAUCAUCAACUCACCAGGUGAACAAAAUGGUGAUAUCAGAAGAAAAGAUGAAGUUGCCAUCCACAAAGAAAGCAGAGUUGCUGUCCUCGGCCCAGCUAAAGAAGCUGACACAGUUAGCUGAAAAAAGCCUGAAGAACACAAGGGUAACACAAACUCCAGAGAAUAUGCUGCUUGCAGCUUUAAUGAUUGUAUCAAUGGUGGUAAGUCUCCCUAUGUCUGCAGGAGCAGCUGCAGCUAAUUAUACCUACUGGGCCUAUGUGCCUUUCCCACCCUCAAUUCAGGCAGCCACUUGGAUGGAUAAUUCUAUUGAAGUAUAUGUUAAUAAUAGUGCAUGGGUACCAGGCCCCACAGAUGACGGUGGCCUUGCCCAACCUGAAGAAGAAGGAAUGAUGACAAACAUUUCCAUUGGGUAUCAUUAUCUUCCUAUUUGCCUGGGGAAAGCACCAGAUUGCUUAAUGCCUGCAACCCAAAAUUGGUUGGUAGAAGUACCUACUGUCAGUGCCAUUAGUAGAUUUACUUAUCACAUGGUAAGUGGAAUGUCACUCAGGCCACAGAUAAAUAAUUUACAGGACCCUUCUUAUCAAAGAUCAUUACAAUGUAGGCCUAAGGGGAAGCCUGGUCCCAAGGAAAUCCCCAAAGAAUCAAAAAGCCCAGAAGUCUUAGUUUGGGAAGAAUGUGUGGCUGAUACUGCAGUGGUACUACAAAACAAUGAAUUCGGAACUAUUAUAGACUGGGCCCCUCGAGGCCAAUUAUAUCAUAAUUGUAUGGGCCAGACUCAAUCGUGUUCACAGGUCCCAUCCAUCUGGCCCAUUAAUCUGGCCUAUGAUCGUGAUUUAACUGAAAGCCUGGACCAGGUUCAUAGAAGGUUAGAAUCACUCUAUCCAUGGAAAUGGUGUGUAAAACCCCCUUAUAUGCUAUUUGUAGGAAUCAUAGAUCUUAAACCAGAUUCCCAAACUAUAACCUGUGAAAACUGUAGAUUGUUUACUUUCAUUGAUUCAACUUUGGAUUGGCAGCAUCGUAUUCUGCUAGUGAGGGCAAGAGAGGGCAUGGGGAUCCCUGUGUCCAUGUACCGACUGUGGGAGGCUUCCUCAUCCGUCUAUAUUUUAACAGAAGUAUUAAAAGGAGUUCUAACUAGAUCCAAAAGAUUCAUUUUUACUUUGAUUGCAGUGAUUAUUGGUCUUAUUGCAGUCACAGCAACUGCUGUGACUGCUGGAAUUGCUUUACACUCCUCUGUUCAAACUGCAGAAUAUGUGAAUAAUUGGCAAAAGAAUUCCUCAAAAUUGUGGAAUUCUCAGACCCAAAUAGAUAAAAAAUUGGCAAACCAAAUUAAUCAUCUUAGACAAACUGUGAUUUGGAUGGGAGAUAGGCUCAUGAGCUCGGAAUAUCUUUUUCAGUUACAGUGUGACUGGAAUACUCCAGAUUUUAGUAUGACAUCUCGAGCUUAUAAUGAAUCUGAACAUCAUUGGGACAUGGUUAGAUGCCAUUUACAAGGAAGAGAAGAUAAUCUUACUUUAGAUAUUUCAAAAUUAAAAGAACAAAUUUUUGAGGCAUCAAAAGCCCAGCUAAAUCUGCUGCCAGAAACUGAGGCAAUGGUAAAAGCUGUUGAUAGCCUCACAAAUCUUAACCCUGCCACUUGGGUUAAAGCCAUUGGAAGUUCCACUAUUGCAAAUUUUAUAUUAAUCCUUGUAUGUCUGUCCUCUCUAUUGCUAGUCUACAGGUGUACCCAGCAGCUCCGGAGAGACAGUGACCAGCGAGAACGGACCAUGAUGACCAUGGCGGUUUUGUCAAAAAGAAAAGGGGGAUAUGUAGGGAAAGGAAAGAGACCUCUGCCCAUCCCCAGCUUUCAUCCCAACGGUGCUGAUGGUGACUCUAAGCAUUUCUCCUUUCUCUAUAUCAAGAUAUCUCCCCAGAAACAAGCCCAAAUCUUACCAUAUGUUCUGGCACGCUAUGAUGAUGAGCAGUGCAAUGGGGAUCUUAUUGAUGGUCCCUCCUUCGGUCUGGAUUCCUGUGUUAGGAUGACACAGCACAGAGCUACCUCUCACCUGACCCAUGAUGAGAUGUUAUUAAAUGGCCCUUAUAAUUCCCUCCAGGGGUGGAAAACACUAAUGAUGAUGGUGUCUGAGCUCACAGCAGCAAGCAGGCAUGUGUGUUCAGCAGCCAUGUGGCUCAUUGCUAGGAGCUUACUAAAUAAAAUAUUCUACAACAUUGCUUAA